AUGGCAACAACAGAUCCAGCAACAGUCACGGAAGACUGCGCUGUAUUCUUUGGCCAUCAUGGUCCGCUCAUCGCCAGCGGCGACAAAAUUGGCCUUCACACCAAGAUCAAGGCUCAGCUCCGCUCGGUACAAGCGUGGGAUUGUGACACAUGGAUUGGCCUCACACUCGACUUUCCUUUGGGGAAAGACCAGAAAGCAAAUGAGGAGGCCGGCUUUGGCGUGCGGUAUCGAGCCCCGGAACAUGGUUCACAAGACAAGUCAAAGCUUUGCGAUUACCACCAGAUCCGAAUCAAGUUUCCUAGUAACUUUUCCCACGAAGUCCAGCAGGGACAAUCCCCGAGUACGUUCACGAACGAGCACCUCAGCUACGUAAAGAUACAUUUUGGCGAGAGUCGAGCUACAAUCGAAGGCUUCGGUGUCCCAUUCGCGAACCAAGAAGAUCACCAGGUUGAAAGCUGGAUCAAAGGAGACGCCCCCAUCGCGGGAGAAUACGAUAUCCUGGACAUCGUCCAGCAGCAAAGUCUAUAUCUGGUCUUGCCCGCAAAAAGCAGUCUUGUCAAGAUCCUCGGCACUACUCAAAACUUAUCGACUUUCCGAUAUCCUUACAGUGAAGACUUGUCUUGGGAUUUUACUUGUCUUGAGAAAGAGCUCCGAGAAAACAAGGGCCAACAGUUCGCGCCACUUUACAGUCACCCCACUGCCGUUUCGCACAUGAUAGCUGUGAGUCAGUCUAUUGUACAAGACAUAGUAUGGCUACACCAAGCGGCGGAUCGAUUAGGGCAGCCAGGUGCAAUCUGGCCAGGCGCAAGCAUCCGAUACUGGGAUGUCGACUUCAAAGCGAAACAUACCCGAAUGCCAGGCUACUUCUUCCAAUGCAAUUGGCCCGUCCUGGAGGCUUCUGGUCAAACAAAGAACCUUUGGGCUGGAGGUAUUCACCUCGCGCCAGAGUUGUGUCAAAUUGCGCCAUUAGGGCGACUGGAUCGCUAUGCCCGACACCGAAAAAGCCCUACCGAUCUGAUCUUGGUUGUUAUGGGAGAAGCACACAUGAGAACCUACCAGGAUGCGGUAGGGGGUUGCACUAUCAGAUACCGUAAUGGGCAGGCCCUCGACAAACUCAAAAUGUUUGCUGACCGGCAGAGUGCUAGCGAGGCGCUCUUGAAAGGGGAUAAAAGUUGGAACUACGUGUCUCUGAAGUUCGAUCUUUAUACCGACGAAUCUCGGCGCCGAGUUGAGGCUGCUAUUACGUUUCAUCCUAAAGCACGCCCAUUCCAAGCCCCCGCGCAAUGGAUAAUAACAAAGAGAUAUUCUCGAACUGAUACCCAGAAGGACGCCCUGCCAGAUGACUUGACUCAUGAACAGCAGCAGCUGUUGGAUGAAGUCAAUGACAAAAUGGAUCUACAUCGGUCUGUUUUAUGUGGCGCAGGAUUUUAUGACUGGAUGAUGAAGACCGAUGGCAACAGCACAUGGAGGCCGCUGCCAACAGUUAACCUACUCGAUAUUGAGGAUCAGACUUACGUUGACGCCAUCCUCGAAAUGGCUCUGCCAGAGUAUCGUGCCCGCUUCAGAUCCUAUAUGAGUAACAAAGCACUGGGUAUUGGUAUCAUAACAGGCCCUCCAGGAUGUGGAAAGACAACGCUAGGUGCUACCGCGACGCUUGCCUUACAGGCAAAGGUCGGCAAAAUAGUCUGUUCAGCGCCAACCGAUGCAGCUGUAGACAACUUCGCAUAUCAUCUUGACAAGCAAACUCGGGAUAUCACAGAAAGCUUGAACGCGGGAAAGUCUCUGGACGACUCAAGCCGGUAUCGUCGCAAGCUGGUCGUUCGAUUGUACUCACCCUGCGAAGAGAGAAACGCCUUUUACAUGCUUUUGGACAGGCCUGAGCUUGGUAAAGAAGUUCUGAAUACCUUGAAAGUCGCAGGAGAACCCAAUGAGGAAGUCGACUGGAAGUUCCAUCUAUCAGCCGCUUACUGGCUUUUGCUUCUCUUCAGAUCGCCCGCUGUAGAUCGGAGUCUUGGACCCGAUGACAGCUUAGCUUUACACAAGAUGCAGAAAAUCAUUGAUGAAGAUGAAAUGAUCGAGCCCAUACGAGAGGGUUUCCCAGAAGCUAUCAGGGAAUAUCUAGAUGAUCAUUUCACUGAUUUCCUGGACAUGUUACUUGGAGAAGCGGACGUGAUUUGCGCUACACCAAUUCAUUCAGAGUUCGGACAUGGCACAUGCCCAUAUGAGACAUGGAAGGGGACUUUGGCACAAGGAGUUGUAGUUGAUGAAGCAGGAACAAUGGACAGACCUGAUCUGUACCGUGUCUGGGGAAACACGUUACUUCCCUGCCUCCUCAUUGGAGACACAAGAUCGGAACAGCCAACAAUUCAGACUACUAGUGAGAAAGAACCAGACACUGAGAACUACUACAAUCGUUUUGCGGGGGAUGGCCAACUCUCUGGUCUAGAGUUCCUUCAAGCCUCUGGCCUUCCAGUCUUCCGUCUCGAUACACAAGUUCGUAUGGCCAAGGGCAUGUACGACUUGGCUGCCCAAGUAUUUUACCCCCAGCUCCCGCUUCAGUAUCACCAGCGCGACCACGACAUCACUGACCAGCAGCCCAAUGUUGGACGAGAGCUCGAGGCUUAUGUGCGCAUGAAGUAUCCAGUGUUGCGCAAACCGCCAGACGGCAUUCUUCACCAGCCAUUGUUCAUUCAUCGACAAAACUCAACGAUUUACAAGGACGUCGACGGCUCACAGGCCUGCCAAGAACAGGACAGUGCCGUCUUGAGCUUCGUUGCUGGGUUAGUCACCCACUCAGCCAUUGAUCCCGCACAGAUCGUUAUUCUCACGCCUUGGUUCGCUAAUGCGGUACUCAUCGAACGUAAGCGCAACCAAAAGAGGUUUGAAAUUUUGAAGAAUAUGCCGGAAGCCGCCACCAUCGAAAGCUAUCGAGGAAGAGAGUCCGAUAUCGUUGUCGUAGUGAUGUCCACCACGCGUGACACGGGACCCGACAUGACUGCGAAUGAGCAUCUGCUCAUCACCAUGCUCACCCGCCACAAGAGCGGAUUGGUCAUUUUUGGGGACAUUUGUACGAGUGGUGUGAUCGGAGAAGACCGUAAUGGGAAGCUCUUCAAAAUCAACAAACCUGGACAGGAGCUCAAUGCGCUACAGAAGAUCGAUGAGACGCUCUUCGAUCAGGGGCGAGUCGCUGUGUAUUCUACGAAGUUGGGCAGGUAA